CGCCACUAACGAACAACAACAAUUGCGUGUUGUAUUCUCUCUCUCAAUCUCAGGUUCUCAAGAACAUAACAGGAAACAAAGUCGAGACAGAAAAAAAAAAAGAUCAAUCAUCGUAAUCAGGUGUCUCAUCACUAUGACCGGACCAUCACUAGUGAAAACCGGAUCGACCCGGUUCAUUGUCUUCUUCAUCGUCCUCAAUCUUUGUUUAUGGAUUGAGGCAAGGUCGAGCGAACCACAGCAUGCUAGCUUUCCUCCAAGAGGAUGGAAUUCGUACGAUUCCUUUUGUUGGACUAUCUCUGAAGCUGAGUUCUUGCAGACCGCUGAAAUCGUUUCAAAGCGUCUUCUUCCUCAUGGUUAUCAGUAUGUUGUGGUGGAUUACCUUUGGUAUAGAAAGAAAGUGGAAGGAGCUUAUGUGGAUUCUCUUGGGUUUGAUGUGAUUGAUGAAUGGGGAAGGAUGCAUCCUGAUCCAGUUAGAUGGCCAUCUUCUAAAGGCGGUAAAGGUUUCAAGGAAGUUGCUGAGAAAGUUCAUAGAAUGGGUUUGAAGUUUGGGAUUCAUGUUAUGGGUGGAAUAAGCACACAAGCAUAUAAUGCUAAUACUCUCGUUAUGGAUAGUGUUAAGGGAGGUGCUUAUGAGGAAUCAGGUAGACAGUGGCGAGCGAAAGAUAUUGGAAUCAAGGAAAAGGCUUGUGUGUGGAUGUCACAUGGGUUUAUGAGUGUAAAUACCAAGCUAGGUGCAGGAAAAGCGUUCUUAAGGUCUCUUUAUCAUCAAUAUGCGGAAUGGGGAGUUGAUUUCAUAAAACAUGACUGCGUAUUUGGCACUGACUUCAANCUCCAUAUUGAGCUAUGCUCUUAUUAUGGUUUUUGUUUCCAGAUCUGUAAUGCAGUAGCUGUAGCUAAGAUUAUGAAUGCAACUCUGAUUCUACCGGUACUGAAGCAGGACCAAAUUUGGAAAGACACAACAAAAUUUGAAGAUAUUUUUGAUGUAGAUCAUUUUAUUGAUUACUUGAAGGACGAUGUCCGAAUUGUUCGAGACAUACCUGACUGGUUCACUGACAAAGCAGAGCUAUUCUCUAGUAUAAGAAGAACAGUCAAAAACAUUCCUAAAUAUGCAGCAGCCCAAUUUUAUAUAGACAAUGUUUUACCACGGAUAAAAGAGAAGAAGAUUAUGGCUUUGAAGCCUUUCGUCGAUCGACUUGGAUACGACAAUGUACCUCAAGAAAUCAACAGAUUACGAUGCCGUGUAAAUUAUCAUGCUCUCAAAUUUCUCCCAGAGAUAGAGCAGAUGGCUGAUUCACUUGUUUCUAGAAUGAGAAAUCGCACUGGCAAUCCGAAUCCAUAUAUGGCCCUUCAUCUUAGAUUCGAAAAAGGAAUGGUUGGUCUAUCGUUCUGUGAUUUCGUUGGGACAAGAGAAGAGAAAGUUAGAAUGGCAGAAUACAGACAAAAGGAAUGGCCUCGGCGUUUCAAGAAUGGUUCCCAUCUCUGGCAGCUCGCCUUGCAGAAACGCAAAGAAGGUCGAUGCCCUCUUGAGCCAGGAGAAGUUGCUGUGAUCCUACGUGCAAUGGGUUAUCCAAAAGAAACACAAAUUUAUGUAGCAUCUGGUCAAGUCUAUGGUGGCCAAAACCGUAUGGCUCCACUAAGAAACAUGUUCCCAAAUUUGGUAACAAAGGAGGAUUUAGCAGGAAAAGAGGAACUAACAACCUUUAGAAAGCACGUAACAAGCCUCGCGGCUCUAGAUUUCUUGGUCUGCUUGAAAUCAGAUGUUUUUGUGAUGACACACGGUGGAAACUUUGCAAAACUGAUCAUUGGAGCGCGAAGAUAUAUGGGUCAUCGACAGAAAUCAAUCAAACCGGACAAAGGGUUGAUGUCGAAAUCAUUUGGGGAUCCUUACAUGGGAUGGGCAACUUUUGUUGAAGAUGUAGUUGUAACCCAUCAAACACGAACCGGUUUGCCAGAAGAAACUUUCCCUAACUAUGAUCUUUGGGAAAAUCCUCUCACUCCAUGCAUGUGUAAAGCUUGAUGAUGAUGCUUUUGUUUUGAUUUGAAAUGAGAUGAGUUUGGUCUGGAUUUUGUCUGAUGAUGAGGAGCAACAAACUAUAGAAAUCGGUAGUUUCUUUUUCUUUCUUUUUUUACUUCAACCUUUCAAAUCUUUGAAGUCUUCUUCACUUACUUAUCUUUGUAAUCAUUUUGAUAUUAUGUAAAGAGUUCCUAGUGAAGAAAAAAAAAAAGUUGCAGAUAUA